AUGAAGGACAAUGUUCGUGGACAUCGCGUGACGCGCUACAACGGUCUCACGCCGGGCCUCGAUCCCAGGUUCAACUUCACCGUCGAUGCCUAUUACGUGAAGGUACUCGAUUUGGUACAUGGACCGCCGCUUCGUCGGCAACGUCGGUGCGAAGCCUGGCCAAAGUGGAGAGCUCGACCGAUGCGAUAUUGUCUUCUUGAAAUGUAUUCAUUCGAGGCAUUUCGUAUGAAAGUGCUUGAAGAAGAGAUUGGCAGGUUCAUCUCAUCAGAACACGACGCAGUCAUUAAGCCUUGA